CACUUUAACCCAGUUAUACAAGCGUACACGCAGGCUGCCAAUAGCAGCAGUUCAAGUUCAACUCAUCAACUCUUCGUUCACCAUAAAGAAUUUCUCCGUACUGGAUUAAGAUGUCCCGGGCCGCAGACAGAUUGAAAGUGGUUUUGAAUCAUCUGGAUCGGUCCUACGGCGCUGUUCGUGCGUCCUUCACCUCUGCCCAAAAUGUGUCCUAUUACCAUCCUCAAGCCCUUCAAUACACUUUUGACACGGAUGUGCUGACUCCAGAACAGAGAAUCGCUUAUGAAGAGGAUGGAUUCAUUCUCAUCCGAAACCUGGUAUCGGACCAAGACAUUGAUCGAUUCAGGAAGGCAUUUGAGCGCAUUUGUAAGAGAGAGGUGAAGGUGCCUGGUUUGGUGGUCAUGAAAGAUGUAUCCAUUGCUAAGUCGGAAUUUGUAGAAGGUGAGAAGGCUGUGACCAAACUUCAGGACUUCCAGGAAGAUCCAGAACUUUUUCGAUACUGCAACUUACCCCAGAUCCUGAAGUAUGUGGAGUGUUUCACCGGACCCAACAUCAUGGCCAUGCACACAAUGCUCAUCAACAAACCACCUGACACAGGUAAGAAGACCUCUCGCCAUCCCAUGCACCAGGAUCUACACUACUUCCCUUUCCGACCCACGGACCGCAUUGUGUGUUCCUGGACCGCAAUGGAGAAAGUGCACCGGCAAAACGGCUGUCUGGUGGUCCUGCCUGGCUCACACAAAGGCACUCUGCAGGAACACGACUACCCAGAGUGGGAGGGUGGAAUAAAUAAAAUGUAUCAUGGGGUUCGUAAUUACGACCCAAGACAUUCCAGAGUGCAUUUAGAAAUGGAGAAAGGAGAUACAGUGUUUUUCCAUCCUUUGCUGAUCCACGGUUCAGGAAUGAACCAAACUGAGGGGUUCAGAAAGGCGAUCUCUUGUCACUAUGCCAGCGCUGACUGUUAUUACAUAGAUGUGAAUGGAACAACUCAGGAGAACAUCAGCAAUGAAGUGAAGGAACUUGCAGCCAGGAGGUUAGGCGCUGAUACUACGGUCACCUUUCAGGACACCUGGGCUUUGCGUGGACGCCUGGUUCAAGGAGACAGAACGACACUGUGAUUUGGUGUGUCACCUUACCAUCUGCCUGACUUUGAGACAGCUCUUUCUUAAUUAUAUGAUGAUUUCCUAAUAAUCAUUGACUCAUUAAAAGUACAAUCUCUGACCUUCAGGUGGCACUGUCAGAAGAAAUGGAGACACAUUAAAUCAAUCACCUUCUGUGCCUGGGAGUGCUGGUCCUAAUUCUUAUUAAGCAAUAAUAAUGAACACCAGACAUUGUAACACGGACAUUAAAAGAUGUUAGCCAAACCUUGUGGUAAUUUCCCAAAGUAAUGCUAGAACAUUGGAUUGAUACUUAAGGUUUUUUAGACUGCUUCCUGCAAGUAGUUAGUGAGAUUACUGCUAAAGAUGUUUUAGUACUUUGAUCAGAAGUGGAGUAAACAGUGGAUGUUUUUGGAAGGUUUAAUAGAGUAAUGCAGCGUUUGUUUAAUUUAACUCCAUCCGAGAUGUCUUGCGUUGUGUUGCAAUGUAAUCAUUUUCUUAAUCUAGCACAGAUCCAGCUCUUUGCUGAUGGAAAUGAUGGUUUUGAAAGAAUGAGGGGUGAAGUAACAAGAGGCAAAUGUUUUCCUGUCAGGUUUUCAAUAUCAAAGAAUGAACGUGUUAUUAGAUCAAGUUCAAGCAUUCUCAUUAAACUUCAUGACAGUACAGUAAUAGUAACUUUACCUUAACUACAGCAUCUGCAUUUUAGGUUAUAAACUAAUUAUACAAAUUCUUACUACCAUAUUAUUUUGCUUACAUGCAAAUAACAAAUGGUAGAUAAAGUCUUUAUAUAUAAAAUGUAUAUUUUCCAUGUUGGACUAAAAUAAAUACAUUUAAUGAGCUAAUGAA